UCACAUAUAUAAUAUACACACAUAUUAUACAUUUGCGCGUGGUUGCAUUACGCAAUGAACCCAGGUCUAAGCAGUCUCUUCAGCCUUCUCCAUCUCUGAUAUCAGUCUCUGAAUCUUCUGUCCGAUCUUUCUCUGCCGCUGAGCCCGCCUCACGUGACCCUUGGUGGGCGGGGCCUGCCUCCCGUCCGCGUAGCACCAGUCCGGGAGAUCGGUGAGAGGUCCGUAUUCAGUUCCGCUGCGAGCUCUCCCGCAGCCCAGUCUCCACUGCUGACCAGCUGACACUAUUGAACCAGAGUGGAAUGUUCUCACAGCCGCUAGAGACAGAGUUAUUCUUGGAACAUUCGCUGCCAUCGCCACCGACCAGAAGAAGCAUGCGCCAACUACAAAAAACCACGCCCAUUUUGAUGUAGCAGCCCCGCCCGUUAACUCACUUCUUUGUUAGAUGGCGGAGGUUCACGUGAUAGGUGAACUAGUUGGCGCCAGUGAGUUCCCGUCGGGCGACCUGUUCUGUAAGUGGAGUGCCAGUCACGGGAGCGGCUGGCGGCUCCUGGAGGGAGCGAGAGAGGGACAGACGCAGACCGACCAUCCCCAGGACGGCUCCUUCUCUAAAUGGAGCCACCCUAUAGACCUUCAUUUUGGUACCAAAGGCCUACAGGGAUGGCCAAAGCUGUCGUUUCAAGUGUUCCACGAAGAUUUCUUUGGUCGACAUGAACUGUACGGGUACGGGUUUGUUACAGUUCCCACAACUCCCGGUAUCCAUGACGUCAGUUGUGUUACCUGGCGACCAGUUGGAUCGCAUCGUCAGCAGUUUUCCUCAUUCUUCCUGGGUGGCAGUCCGGAGCUGACCUCAGACUCUCUAAUCCACAGCUGCCAUGAUCGCCAACACCUCAGAACACAGGCCAUGGGAAGAGUCCACCUCAGACUCAUGAUAAUCCUCAGACACCUCUCUCACUUCGGAGUUGAGGUCUCCUGACCAUGCCCCUUUCUUGGUCACUUGACUGUUGUCAUGGCAACGCACAUGUAGCUAUCAUCAAAAGAAAUGGCUUCUAUAUACACCAUUAGCUACCUUUCUCCUUUGUCUCUUUGAAGUCACAUAUCUAUUCUCUUUCUCAUGAUUGGGUGUGUCAGCAUUCUUGUUACGUAACAGGACGUACGCAUGCGCACGUUGUUAACAACUUUUUACGGUGGGCAACCGACCCCACACACAGUGCAGUGCAGGGCGCACCAGAGCUGGGGCCGGCC